GUUUUCUGGUAAAAUAGCACUAUAUCUGGUACAUUACUGUCUUUAUUUCAACACUCGCUCAUUUUCUCUUCCGUAACUUUCACUGUCACCAAUCACCGAUACAUUUUCUGUCCGUUAGCCUCCGUUAGCAUCUUAGCAUGGCCGCUCCGGCUCCCACCGCUUCACCUCUUUCCUGCUCAGUGUGUGAAAUGUUUAGUUAUUCCUCUGCCUCCUUUAGUGAAGACGGUAAGUGCUUAAAGUGUAGUUUAUUUGCAGGGCUGGAGGCGAGGCUCAGUCAGUUAGAGGUCCGGUUCGGCCAACUAAACCAUAGUCCGAGAGCCUCCUCAGCUAACCAGGCUAAGCUAGCGGCGGGCCGGCCCGUAGCAGCUGAGCGUAGCCGCUCCCCUGCAGCUCCCGAGCAGCCGGCCAGGCAGGGCAGCUGGGUGACGGUUCGGAGGAAGACUAGUCUUAAAGGGCUCACGGAACACCACCACCCGCUUCAUGUGUCUAACAGAUUUUCCCCACUUAGCGACACAUCUGUUGAGAAACCGACCCUGGUGAUUGGAGACUCCAUAGUCAGACAUGUGAAGCCGACUCCAGAGACCUUAGUUAGGUGCAUCCCGGGGGCCAGAGCGGGCGACAUAGAAGCAAAUUUGAAGCUACUGGCAAAGGGUAAUCGUAAAUAUGGUAAAGUUAUCAUCAAUGUCGGAGCUAAUGACUCCCGUCUUCGCCAGUCGGAAGUAACCAGAAUGAAUAUUGUCUCGGUGUGUAACUUCGCCAAGACCAUGUCGGACUCUGUAGGUUUUUCUGGCCCCCUCCCCAAUCUGACCAGCGAUGACAUGUUUAGUCGCAUGCUCUCGCUCCGCCGCUGGUUGUCUCAGUGGUGUUCAGAAAACGACGUGGACUUUAUUGACAACUGGGAGACAUUCUGGGGAAAGCCCGGUCUGAUUAGAAGGGACGGCAUUCAUCCCACCCGGGAUGGUGCAGCUCUUAUGUCUAGAAAUCUGGCCAAUGUUAUUAGACACUCCCCCUGACAAUGCAGGGUCCAGGCCAGGAUGCAGAGCUGUAGUUUAACAGGGCUGGAGGCGAGGCUUAGUCAGUUAGAGGUGCCUAGCAAAAUAGAAGUGGUUGCAGUUCCCCGCCCUCCAAAAGUUCACCAGGUGCAGCGUUAUAGAGGCGUUAACCAAGAUAACCUUGUAAAAAUUAAAACCAAUGCACAUUUGGUACCAAUUACAGACCGAAAAAUUAGAUGCGGACUACUAAAUAUACGAUCAUUAAGCUCUAAGUCUCUGUUAGUAAAUGAUAUAAUUACAGAGAGCAGGAGUGAUAUUUUCUGCUUAACAGAAACAUGGUUACAGGAGGAAGAGUAUGUUAGUUUGAAUGAAUCAACUCCGCCCGGCUACUUUAAUCAUCACAUUCCUAGAAGCACGGGCCGAGGCGGAGGAGUCGCAGCAAUUUAUAACUCCGGUCUCCAAACAAAAAUUGAACCCAAGUGCAACUAUAAUACAUUUGAAAGCCUCAUGCUUGGUCUGAAAUUUCCGAGCCGGAAAUCAGAGAAGCCAGUUGUGUUAGUGGUAGUGUACCGGCCCCCUGCUGGUGCGUAUCUGGAGUUUUUGUCUGAAUUUUCAGAUUUCCUUUCUGGAUUAUUGAUCAGCACAGAUAAAUUCAUCAUAGUGGGUGAUUUUAACAUUCAUAUGGAUGUUGAAAGCGAUAAUCUUAAAUUAGCCUUCGAUUCUCUUCUAGAAUCAAUGGGUAUCUCACAAAAAGUGGAUAAACCGACGCACUGUUUUAAUCAUACUCUCGAUCUCGUUCUCACCUACGGUGUUGAAACUGAUGGUCUGUUGGUGUCACCUGUAAACUCCCUUUUAUCCGACCAUUACUUAAUAACGUUUGAAUUUAAUUUUGUUGAUGUUGAAGUGCAAAAUAGGAGGUAUUAUUUUAGCAGAUGUUUGUCUGAUGAAGUUAUUGUUAAAUUUAGGGAGGCCAUUGCUUAUCUUACGACAGUGCGAAAUAGUGAUGUAGUCGAGGCCAGUGACCUGGGUUCUACCUCUGCAGAUGUUGAUUUCCUUGCUAGUAACACUGCUGAUUUGUUGCA